UUAGCUUGAACCAAAGAUGGAAACAAAUUUAAAAUUCAACCAAGCCUAUCGACACAAAACCAAAAGAAACAAGAUCAUCAUUCUACUAUGAUUCUAGCACCACUUUUUUUUUUCUUAGCAAAUGGACUUGAUAAUAGAUUCUAUUAUCAUGAGAUAGUGUGUGUACAUUAUAAAAGUGGGAUAUUAAUUAAAAGCAAACAAAAGAGAGAGCAAGGGGAGAAAAAGAAUGGCUCCCUCGUCUUCAUCUUCUCCUUCCAAAUCCCCUGUUCUAUCUCUUCACCAAGCCCUCCACUUCACUCCUAUUCCUGAAUGCGAAGAAGAGGACCUCCACGAAGAACGAUUCAAAAACAGAGCAACACCAAGCAGCAACGGUGGUUCUUCCGCCACUCCAAGCCGCCACCACAAACACACUCUAACGACUCUCCACCACAACGGAAAACCCAAAAACAAAAAACGACACGAGGACGACAACAACGAAGACGGAGGAGGCUCCGUCUCAUGCAACAACUGUCGUCCCCACCACUCUCACCGCGAAAAAUUCUCCGUCGUGCCUCUCGAAAGCCACAACAACAACGCUUCCUUCAUCUAUAGCCCCAACCUCAUAAUCAAAUCCAUCUUCCAAUCCCUCACUCGUAAAAGCCCCAAACUCUCUUCCUCCUCAUCCUCCUCCGCCGCCGAUGCUUCAAGAGAAGAGCAGUGGCGGUUAGCCGCGGCGGAGCUUUCUCAUAAACUAAUACAAGCCACCAAAAAGAAAGAAGACGCCGUCACAGAAGCUUCAAAGUUGAAAACUUCCAUGUCGGAGCUCGAGAAGAAACUCAACAAGCUCGAGGUUUACUGCCAUAACCUCAAGUCAGGCCUCAACGAGUGUAGUAACAACAAGAAACAGAGUACUCUGUUUCAAAAAGAUGGAAUCAACGACAAGAUCAUCCAGCAGUUCCUCGUCUCAGUGUCGGAAUCUCGAACUUCGAUCAGAGCGUUAAGCAGAGCUCUCGCCUCGCAGCUACGAACCGUCGGUGGGAAAGUCUACGAGCGACUCUCUCUCCUCCUCCAACCUUUCGACGUAAAGACCAACUCUUUUUCGAAAUCCCCAAAAAGCUUGAUCCUUUACCUCGAAGCGAUUCUGAGCAGAGCCUUCUUCGAGGACUUCGAAGCUCCCGGGUUUCAGAGAACCGGGUCGACCCGGAUUUUAAACCCGAUCGAUCGCUGCGAGUCCAACUACGCCUCGUUCAACGUCUUGACGGAGCUCACGUGGGACGAGGUCUUGAGCAGAGGAACGAAGCAUUUCUCCGAGGAGUUUAGCCAAUUCUGUGACCGGAAAAUGAGCGACGUCGUUUCGAUGCUUUGCUGGAACCGGGCCUGGCCUGAACCGCUUUUACAGGCGUUUUUUGGUGCUUCCAAGAGUGUUUGGUUGGUUCAUCUAUUAGCAAACUCGGUGAACCCGGGGUUGCAAAUAUUCCGCGUGGAGAAAGACGACCGGUUUGAUCCGGUUUACAUGGAGGAAACAGGUGGUGACCGGUUUAAGGAUUUGGUUCGAGCUAUGGUUCAACCUGGAUUUUAUGUGUAUGGUAGUGUGGUUAAGUGCAAGGUGGUUUGCAAGCAUUGCGGCAACGGCGAGGAAGUAGUAGUAGAAAACGACAGGAGUUUGAUAAGCGUUUGUAGCCCAUUAGAUGGUUAAUUACAUCGAUCAAGGAGUUUAUAAAAUUGGUUUGGUUUUUGUUUUGUGAGCAUGUAAUUAAAAUAUGGAAUGAUUUUUGCAAGAGAAGAUUUUAAAACUGGUAA